GUUCCACUUUACGUUCUUUUCCACCCGUGAUUGUUUCCUUCGUUUCUCUCGGGUUUUUCUAUGGGGAAAGCUCCCCUUGCUCUCCCCUGUUUCCACGGGGGUCUCGGACAUUACAUACGCCUAUACUUAGCUUAGGUACUUGCCUAAAUUAGAGAAGCAUUAUGGUAGGCAGGGCAGGGUAAUCUCGUACAAUUUCGUACAAUUCAAAUGAACAAAGCACUUGACAAGUAAACUUAACUUCCUUUCAAUAACGACUGCUUUCCUUACAACAAAAUAUUUCCUUUGCUAAAUUCUGCUGACCCCCCCUUUCUUCUCUAUUUUCCUUACAUGUUACAUGUUUGAUUGUUCCUUUUACCAAAUCGAACCGAGUCAUUCCUUGUGGAGCUAUUCGCAAAACUGAGUGAAUCACGAGCACUUUCGCGCCAGAUGGACGCGAUCCGUCGUGUGACACCUCAAUUACAUGGAGACUCACGUAGAUGAGGGAACGCCUUUGAGCAACUACCUCGAGGGCACCGGAGAGAGAGAUGAAGCGCAGUGGCAGGAAGCCGAAGAUGCCACGGACCACGACUUCUCACCGGAAUCUAGCCCACCACGAGAUUUCGCUCCGAGAGGUUUAGCAAAGGUCCGGAAGAAGUUUCGGGAAAACUUACCGAGACCUUUGUGUAUUGAUUCUAAUACUUUCCCUUCGCGUAUCAACCUUGAUGAGAUCCAUAACCACGCGUCACCUCUCUUCGACGUGCUGCACCUCUUCGUCGAAGCAGUUACUUCGUCCAUCGACCAUGCUAAAUCGAUCGGCUUCCUCGAACGGUUGCGUCUUGCCAUCAUUCAAUCCCAGCUUCUAGAUAACCCCUUGGUGCUAGGUUAUCAACCAUCGAUAGAACCCGAACCGUCGCAACCAGAAAAUGAACCGAGUUUCCAUGGUCUGACGGCUUCCGGUGCCGUUGCUGCGGCCGUAUUUGGCUUCAGUGCGGCAUCCCUGGUUCGGUGGUUCGCGCUUGGGGGUUUUAUGCCGACUUGGAAACGGCUCUUGAUUUCUACAGUAGUAACUUCUGUGGUGCUCCUAGUCGCUAGGGCAUAUGUGCGAAGGCAACUCCUGAGGAACAUCCAAAAGCAAGGGUUGGCAGAGGCCUCGACAUUCUUCUCGCUUUCGCGAGAGUACGACUGUGCGAACAGUGCAGCUCUCAACUUCGUUAUGGAGGUAGAAUUAGUUGCUCGCGGAUAUCGACUGAGCACGCCUAUCCCCCCUAUUAGCCGAUUGGAGAAUAAUGGACAAAACGUCAAGUGCCUUCAACUAAGGAAUUCUCUUCGGACGAGCCUCGCAGAAGUUAUCUCUAAGUACUACCAGAUAGCUUUCACAAUAUGGGCAUUUGCAGAACAAACCGAAUUACUGCAGUUACAAUCUCAAUAUCAGUUUACUGUUGCCGAUGUAGUGGAACGAUUUCAAGUGUUUUCCAAGGCAGACCCCCAGAAUGCCGAAAAAUUACAACCCCUGAAGGAUGCCGCAUUCCUCUUCCAUGAUAUCCGAAAGAUGUUUUUAAGCGGUUUACUAGCUCUCCAUAGCGCCGGCAACGAUACCGAUCGGCUUCGUUUCUCGACGAUACUGGAGGCGUUUAAAGAAUUAAAUGUGUCUACGAAGCAAGCGUACGUGCGGGUGAGAGAUAUCUUGGCUGAUAACGACUUUCAAAUUCCCAAAACUCCACGUAGUCCUGAGACCCCUGGCCACGACCGAUGGCGUCACCAAGUUCGAAGACUCAACUCGAUGACCAUGAACAUCCGCAGUGUGCAGGCAAAGUUACACCUUCUGCGCGAAGAGUCAUCCAAGGCCUUGAAUGAAGCCGACGAUAUCAGCGAUCUUGGUCCAUUAUUUAUGGCCCAGUACGAUUCGAUCGGGCAAGAUCUCCGAGACUUGAUGGAAGCGUGGCAGACCGGCAAGGCCUCGCUGGCGUCUGGCAUCGAUAGGAACGAGAAGCGCCUGUCAUCUAUUGGCUCUACGCUUGUGUCUCCUUUAAGUACGAUGAGUGGACGAACGAUAGCGGAAGAGGACGAGAGCAGCCAGGAUGGGCACGACGGUAUUGCCGAUGCAUUAAAGAAGCUUAACGGAGACGCUACGCCGCCGAUGGAGAUCGAACCCGAGGUUUUCGAGGCCAUAUCUAUUCCUCGACCGAAGAGCUUGCUUACGCGAGAAGAAAGAAUUAUCAGGAUGAGAGAGGAUCGCAAGAGCAAAGAGAUUGCCAAGGCGAAAGCCGAAGCCCAAAGGGGCAUGAUGCGAGAAUUACAAGGAGUACUGGACAGAAAACCCGGACGUGGCCGAGUCUCUCUUUAAAAAUUUCCUUGAUAUCUGUAUCACUUCGACUAACAGCAUUGACUGAGCUUGUGGCGUUGGUAACGAUUAAAUCAUGAACUGGGUCAUCAUCGGUUGCACUACGGCGUAUUUGGGAUAGAGCGAUCCGGCUUGAAGUUCUAUUCACCACGGCGUGGUUUGGCUUGGUUUUACAUAGGGUAGGGGGCGUAUAUAUAGAGAGCUGGUCAUCCAUACGAUCUUUGCGCAUAAUGCUUUUUUUUCUUAUGUCGCCGUAUAUAUGCACAACCAACACCUACCUAUCUAGGUCUAUAUAUAAUAAAACCAAAUUUGAGAAGACGGGGAUAUUCCGAGGUCUUCUCCUAAUUAUCUUCUUAGAUCCUUAAGAAUAGAUAGCUAAACAUAAGAAUUAAUACUAUAUAUUAAUCAUACCUCGA